AUGGGUGCAUCUGAAUCAAAAAAAGCUAUUAAACCUGAAUUAUCUCAAAAACAAAUUGAAUAUUUAAAAAUGCGAACACGAAUGACUGAAGAAGAAAUUCAAAAAUGGUUUCAUGGAUUUUAUAAAGAUUGUCCUGAUGGUCUUUUAACACAAAAACAAUUUAUUCAUAUGUAUAAACAAGCAUUUCCCGAAGGUGAUGUAACACAAUAUGCAAAAAGAGUAUUUGUUACUUUUGAUAAAGAUAAUUCAGGAAAAAUUGAUUUUAAUGAAUUUCUCUUAGCAAUGGAUUUAAUGGAAAAAGGUAAUUUAGAAGAAAAACUUCGUUAUGCAUUUGAAUUAUACGAUGUUGAUAAAAAUGGAAUUUUAACAAGAAUUGAAAUAGAAACAAUAAUUCGAAUGGUUCUUUCACUUCGUGGUGAAGCUAAUAAUGAUCGUUUAAAAGAUGAUAUUAUGAAACAUUUAAAUGGAUUUAUUGCUAAAUUUGAUGAAAAUAAUGAUAUGAAAAUAAGUCAAGAUGAAUUUUGUCGAAUUUGUUCACAAGAUGAUUAUCUCAGAGAAUUUUUAUCACCGAAUUUUUCUUCCUAA